AUGGCUACCUAUAGAAUCAGUAAUCCAAAUCAAUAUUUGGUGCGCACUGGCGCAUUCAUUGACGAUUUGAAAUUGGGCAAGAAAGGAUGGGUAUUAAUCGGUCAACGGCACUCGUUCUUUGAUAUUACCCCUGUAAAUUAUACACUGGACCUCCAGGCUAUGAGUGCCGAAAAACUGGAAUUCAAUUUGCCUGCCGUAUUCACCAUUGGUCCAAAAGAUGACCCAGAAUGUCUUUUGAGAUAUGCCAGAUUAUUGGCUUCGAAAGAUAAAGAUAAAAAAUCCGACCAUGUUCGAGAUAUCGUUCGUGGUAUUAUCGAGGGUGAAACUAGAGUUAUAGCUGCUGGUUUGACUAUGGAGGAAAUUUUCCAGGAACGCAAAGGCUUUAAAGACCAAGUAAUUAAGAAUGUACAAGCUGAGCUUGAUCAAUUUGGCCUGUUCAUUUAUAACGCCAAUGUCAAACAAUUGCAAGAUACCCAAGGAUCAGAAUAUUUUGCAUACAUGCGAAUGAAAACACAUGAAGGUGCUGUCAAUCAAGCAAAAGUAGACGUGGCAGAAGCGAGAUAUCGUGGUGAUGUCGGUGCCAAAGAACGUGAAGGCUUAACACGAAGAGAAAAUGCCAAGAUUGAAGCGGAUACACUCAUUAGUGAAAAUGAAAGAAAAGUCUCCAUUGCACAAGCUGAAAUGGCGUUGGCUACAAAGAAAUCCGAAUUCGAUCAAAAAACGAAAAUCGCAGCUAUCGAAGCUGCUCAAGCGGCGACAAUGAGAGAAGCUGAACUUCAAAAACAAGUUGAAGAACGUCGUCUAUUAUCAGAAACCGAAAGAUUACGUGUAGAACUUGUCGCCAAAGCAAAUGCCGAAUAUGAAGCAGCCAAAGCGAAAGCAGAAGCAAAACUUUAUACUGCACAAAAAGAAGCCGAAGCUGCUUUGUAUCAGAAACAAAAAGAGGCAGAAGGUGUACUCGCAGUCUAUAAUGCCCAAGCAAAAGGUAUUCAACAAUUGAUGCAAGCCUUUGGCAAUGAUCGAAGUGCCGCAUUGCAGUACAUUAUGAUUGAACGUGGUCUCUACGUGCAAUUGGCCAAAGAAAAUGCUGCUGCUGUCAAAGGAUUGAAUCCAAAGAUUACUGUAUGGAAUACUGGCGCGGAGGGAAGUUCAAGCAAUGGAAUGGGACCAGUGGCUGAUAUCUUUAAGAGUUUACCUCCAUUACUAUCAACAAUUCAAGACCAAACUGGUAUUUCGCCACCUACUUGGUUAGCCGGAAUGCCAGAAGGAAAAGGUUCCUUUUCGACUCCUGUUACACCAGCGACAAAGUAA